AUGGUUUCAAAUUUACUGGUGAUAUUAACAUUUAUUGGUGCAGUUAUAGGCUUCGGGAUCGGUAUAGGAGUUCGACAUUUUUCUCCGUCAGAGUCUGCACUAAUGUGGAUAGGAAUCCUUGGAGAAAUGUAUCUGAACUUAUUAAAAAUGAUGAUUGUACCUUUAGUGGCAUGUUCAGUAAUAUCAGGAACGGCAUCGUUGGAUCCAAAAUCGAAUGGUAAAAUAAGUAUUGUAAGUUUGACGUUCAUCAUGAUAUCAAAUUUUGUUCCAUGCCUAGUUGGAGUGUUGGUAUGUUUAACGAUUAAACCAGGUGAAAUAUCCUCAACAAAAUCAAUCGAGGGAAGUAGGAGAACAAACAUCCAAACAGAAGAUAUAUUUGCAGAUCUUCUAAGAAACUUAUUUCCUGACAAUUUGAUAUCUGCAACUUUCCAGAAGGCUCGAACAGAAUACCAGACAGAAAACCAACAAUAUAAUGAAACAAUUAAUGGUACAACAACAACUCUCGCACAUUCAGUUGUGAUCAGCAAAAAAGUAGAAAAAGCAUCAAGCACCAAUAUUUUAGGAAUUCUAAUCGCCAGUUGCAUGCUUGGAAUCGCUGCAGGGGCAGCAAAAGAAACGGGUCGUCAAUUUGCAAAUUUUUUCUACUCUGCUACUGAAGUAAUUCUACUGUUAUUGGGGAAAAUAAUAUGGACCACUCCUUUUGGGGUCGCAAGUCUAAUUGCCAAAACGUUAGCAUCAACGAAAAAUUUAGAGGACGACUUCAAUCGACUUGGAUUGUUUAUUGGAACUGUUAUGGCGGGAUUAGGAAUCAUAUCAUUCGUUGCACUUCCCAUCACUUACUUUAUUUUUAUAAGGAGGAAUCCAUUCAAAUUUCUCUGGACAAUGUUACAACCAGCUAUGAUUGUUCUAGCAUCCACCAGCACGGCUGUGGCUAUGCCAUCUACCAUACAACAGUUGGAAGGUCCUAAUCAUGUAGACAGUAAAAUAAGCCGCUUUGUGUGUCCUUUAAACGCAGCUAUAGGUCGCUGUGGUUCCUGUUUGUAUAUUUGUGUCUCGUGUCUAUUUAUUAUGCAAAUAGUAGAUCGAGAUAUUGAUGUAGCGACUGUUAUAUUAGUUUGCAUCCUUACAACGUUUUCAUCACUAGCUAUACCAGCAGUAGCCGGAGCUUCAUUGGUGACGGUGAUUAUUUUACUGACAGCUUUAGGAAUACCAGCCGAAGAAGUAUCUCUACUAUACGCCUUUGAAUGGUUCUUGGACCGAAUGCGUUCUACUACAAAUGUGUUUGUACAAGGGUUGUGUGGAGUAGUAACAAAUAAAAUAUGUCAGUCGUCCCUCACGACAUUGGAGAAAUCUUCCGAUAACAACGUUGUUUAUGAGAAGGAAAUUGUUGUUGAUGAAUCGAAAGAUUUGGAACCUUACAAUCAUCCAGAGUUAUUUAAUGAAAAAUUAUGA